UGUAUAUAACAUCAUCUGGAAGGAUAUUUUUUCAGGUGAGGAAUGAGGUGGCCAUUUGUAGAAAUGACCCAGGAGACUAUCAGUUAUAUCCAGUUGAAGUAAAUAGGGCAUUUCUUUAGGGAGGCAAAACCGCAUUAUAAAUGCCACUAGGAAAACUUAAACCCUCUUAGUUCAUUUGUUUCUUGUUAGACCAUCACUGACGGCAAUUGGGAUGGAGAAAGAGGAUGAGAAUCUGGAAGGAUUUCCCAUAGGACUUGCUAACUGAUUAAAUACAAGGGUGAACAAAAAAGAGACAUCAAUGAUGAUGCUUGGGUUUUUUCAUUAGAAAGAGAAAAGUAUCUCCUGACAGCUGAAACUGGCCUGGGACUAUCAGGUAAGCCUUGGCAUCUUCCCAUUAAACAAUUCACAGAAUGUCAACAUGAAACAAGAACUGAGAUGUGACUUCAAUGGAUAAAAACAGGACCAGUUCACAUUCAUGACUGAACACAGAUAAAAUGUGAACAUUGUUUAAACAACAAAAAUGACCAAACAUCCCCCUUUCCUACCUAAUAAGAAGGAAUGUUGCUUCCCUACCAAUUAUGAGGCUAGCCUCACUUCAUUACUACUACCUUCUAGAAAAGAUUGACUAAGAUACCAAUCACAGAAUUAUCUCUGCUUCCUGACAGUAUUAACUCCAGAGCAAAGCCUAGCUUCUUUGAACCUUACCCCAAAUCACCUGACAGGCUGAAAUCCUUUAAGAAGCCCUAACACCCCCUUACUACCUCACUUCAAUAAGUCAACAAAUCCAUCAUUGUUCAGUUACAGGUGUGUUCUUGGUCGGCUUUGACUGAAGGGCAUUGGCUUUGGUAUAAGCAACUCAGAUUGUAAGAUGGUGCCCUUCCCCGAGAUGGAAAAAAUGGGAUAUAAUCAGUGGCUGGGGGUCUACCAACUCUGCCAGCCUCUCUUGCAAGCUUAUGUUCCUGGAUGCCCCAGGCGGAGGCGGGAAGGCUCUCCAGUACCUCUCACAAGAGCUCUGAGGUUUUUACUAGUGUUUCAUGCUGUUCCCUCUAAGGCAUCACCAACUUCAUUUAUACUAAAAUAGAAAGAAUAGCUGAUAUUUUAUGCAUGUGUGCUGUGUGCUGAGCAGUGUUCUAAGGGCUGCAGACGUUCUCAUUCGUGUACCUCUGCCAUAAAACUAUGAAGACAGGUACUGCUAUUACUAGAUUUUACCACCGAGAAAACUGAGGCAAAGAGGUUACACAACUUGUCGGGUAAGGAUUCGAACUACGUUGUCUUCAAGGCCUGCCAGGGCCGUCCUCAAGUCACAAGCAGCUAAGCCGAGGCAGCCAUCUUGUUAGUAGUCUGCAAGGACUGCCACUCCCGGCAUCCCUUGCGGCGGCAGCUCUCCACACACAACAAAUCCCGGCGUGCCCCUGGGCGGCCUGGGGUGGAGGGUUCUAGAAGGCGUGACGUGAGGCUGAGAGCGGGCUCUGGAGGCGGGCUCCUUUCGGCCGUCGCUGUGGCCGCCACCGCCGGGCUUGGGGACGCGGGAGGCCGGGGCCGCGGGCGCAGCGUCCUCGUCUCCCCGGCCAUGGCCGCUCUCGGCCGGCCCUUCAGCGGCCUUCCCCUGAGCGGCAGCUCGGACUUCCUGCAACCGCCGCCGCCGGGCUGCGCUGGUCGGGCCUUCCCGCCGGGGACGGGCGGCGCCGAGCUGACCCCGCGGCCGGGACCCCGCGCCGCCCCCGGCAGCCCCGGCGGGAGCGCGGCGCGCGGACGCAGUGUUGCAGUGAACUGUAAAAAGAAACACAAGCGAGAGGAGGAGGAGGAUGAUUGUCCAGUAAGAAAGAAAAGGCUAACUGAAGCUGGGCUCUGUGCUGGUCCUAAUGACUGGAUUCUUUGUGCACAUCAGGAUAUAGAGGGUCAUGGAGUAAAUCUGUGCACUAGUGGCCUUUCUGCACCUGCCAUGUUAGAUGUUAUUUGUGAAGAAAUGGAUCAGACAACUGUAGAACCACAGUGUGAAGUUGCCCGAAGGAGGCUUCAGGAAAUUGAAGACAGGAUAAUUGAUGAAGAUGAAGAAGUUGAAGCUGACAGAAAUAUUAACCAUCUCCCCAGUCUUAUCCUUUCUGAUACGAUGAAGGCUGGUUUGAAGAGAGAAUUUGAUGAAGUCUUUACAAAGAAAAUGAUUGAGUCCAUGAGCCGUCCUUCCAUGGAGCUUGUGCUCUGGAAACCUCUCCCUGAACUCCUUUCUGAUAAGCCAAAGCCACCAUCUAAUGAUAAGAACUAUGCAGGAGAGAGCCACACAAAACACGCAGCUGCUGGCACUGCCUUCCCUCGGAGAACUGAACUGUUCUUAGAGCCUCGGCAAACAGGGAUGCCUGUUUACAGUAGUUUGGAGACAGCUGCUUGCACAGAAGAAGAGAUGGAACUCUAGAAACUAGUUUCUACACUAAAGUCAAAUCUUAAGGCUCAUGUAUUUUGUUGUGAGCCUACUUGUGUAGUAUAGGGACUUGAAAGUUUUGUGAAACGGGUGUAAUAAUAUCUCCACCUGUGAUCUGGGGUGGGACUGUCAUUUGGGGUAGCCAUUUCUUGAAUUCAACUUUUACCCAAGGAAGCUUGUCUCAAGGGAAAAUCAGUUUUCUAGGGGGUCUUACUAAGUGAGUGUGGGAUUAGUCUGCAAAGACAAGAAUAGAAGUUAUAUGUGAGAGGGUGACUUAAUCUGUCACACUAUCUAAACCAGACACUUGGAGGAUAUUCAGAGACUUGAGUUGAAAAGAUGAUUAAGAGAGAAGGAUGCUCCUACUACAACUGUACCUUGACAGUUGAGUCACAACUUACCUGUAGAUAUGAACUCUGUUUACAAUGGUGACUAUGACUGGGGAGAAGGAGGGAAGAAAGCAGUAGCUUAAGCCUAUUGCUAAAUUUAACAGAGGCCCCGAAACUUAUGUCAUUAGUUGUCACUUCAGUGUAGCUAUAUUGAUUAAAUAGCCAGUAACAUUGUGGCUCACCUUUUUGCCUCUGAAAAUGCAAUGAAAAUACAAAGAAAAGGUUUUUCCUUCAAGGCUUUUUUAGCCUUGUGCUCCUGUUGCUCCUUGGUUUCCCUUGCAUAAUUAGUAAGCCCAGUUAUUCAGUAAUGUUUACAGCUUAAUUUUGAAUGAUAGUUAAAAAGAUAGAUAAACUCAUGUGCAAAUUUGGCUAUGGGAAAAGCAUCCCUUAGGUAAUCUCGAGGAGAUGCUGUGUCAGUCCAGCAUUAAUAACUUCUGUACUUUAAAAAAAAAAGGUGGUACCUGUAUAGGUUAAAUUUUUAAAUGUUAAUUUGGAAAACAGUGACUGAAUAAUUAACUGAGAUCAAAUGGGCAAAUGAAAUUGAGAUUUACUGAAAUAGCCAAUUUGCCUGGUGCUUCAGCUAGUGUACAGUAAGCCUAAAGGUUGGUAGACAGUAGCUUCCUCCUAGCAGGGUAUCUUCUUCAUCUUCAUAAACUAAACCAAGCUCAAGUUGUCCUUUGGGGAUAACCAGGAUUGAAGUUUUUCUCAGGAAGCGCUCUUCUGUGUGUCAAGGACUCAGUAGUGCAAAAUAAAAUAACGGUUCCUUUAGUGCUAUGGAAUAUCCACUAUAACUUAAUGAGUAUAGUAGUGUAAUACUGGCCCUUUCAUCACACAAUAGGAGACCACCCCGGUUCUUUUUGUUUUGUUUUCUGGGUUUCUUCCCUCUUUGUAGGAAUUAGAUAUCUUGUGUAGAAAAAAAUGGUUUAUGCCAAGUAGAGGUGACUUUUUAGAAACCGGCUCCCAGGAAUUUUUGAAACCUAUGGUGAAAUCCCUCCCCUUGUUACAGAUGGUAUAGAAGUAACACGUCUGUUGAUUGGACUGUUUCUUCUCAUUUGCCUGUUUUUCUGCUUUCUCUAUUUCUGUCUGGAUAGUCAGGAAAAUAUUUAAUGUUUAAUAUUUAAACAAAAUAUUUAAUGUCUACACAGUAAAAUUACUCAAACUUCAAACCAGUAUUGAAACCAGUUGGAAACCAGCUAAUAGUUUCUUAAUCUCAGAUUUAGAGAUGAAUGUAAACUGUAUUCUUUUGAAAUGUGCAAGUAUUUGAUUCAUGCUGUUUGAAAAACUCCUGCCUUUGGGUCAUUGUUUAAUGGGACCAACUUGUAAAGUUUGUAGCCUUAAAGAAAUCUCCGUGCUAAAAAAUUUGUUCCGGUACAACUCAAAAACAUGAAGUGACUGCCUGCAUGUGGAGUGAGUCCCAAUGUUGUGGUGAAAAGGGAGUAACAACUUUCCAAAGAAGGCCAGAACACAUUGAGAUUGUCGUCUGUAGGAAUUGUUGAACGGGCCUCUGAUGAAAAGGUCUGCAUGAUGAAAAGGAGGAAAGAAGAGCUCCAAAACAAGGCUUUGAUAAUCAUUGGCAAGUGUAGGAGAGAAUUAAGGUUCUGUUAAUUAAAAUCAAAACAGAACUUGUUUCAGGAGUCAAGUUAUCUGAUAAUUAUAAUUAUUUUUGCAGGAAAAUGGGUGUUUGAUGCUCCUUCUUGAACUUUUUCUUCUUGCGUAUGUUUAUAUAAAAAUUGUCUUCUUCAUCCUUGUGGUGCUUAUUCAUCUGAGCCGUUUGCAUAGUUCCCAUGCCUCUGCUGUGUUUUUCUUCUGUAGUGUAAGGCUUUUGCUUUUGCCUUAAGGUUUCCCUAGGGAAUUAACAGGUCUUUUCAUUUUGUACAGCUUUUGAAGCAUGGAUCAAACAUUGGCUUACUAUGCUAAUGUGUGAAGAGAAAAAAUACCUAAAGCAGGUGAGCUUUAAUGAACAAAUGUAUAUUUUCUCUGAAGUUGAGUAGGGUGUGUGUGGGCUUUUUUUUUUAAUUAAUACGAAAGUAAGUCCAGUUCUCACAAAUAUUAAUCAAAUUUUUUAAAAACUGCUACUCAUCUUCAAAAAGGUGCAAAUAUAAAAUUCAGAAAAAUAGAACCAUGAGAAGAAUGCUUACCAGCAGGUUCAUUAUUUUGGAUUUGAAACUUGGUUUUGUUUUUUAAUAGUAACAAGAAUGGUGCAGUACUAAAGUUCUGGAAGAUGCUGUCUGUUUUACUUUAAAGUGAGAAUCUGGUGUUUCUGUAUUGUUUUCAAUAAAACUUCCUUAAGUGUUUUGGACUUUUUGAGGUAUUGGUAUUCUUGCACUGAAGUAAACAAAAUCAGCCAG